AUAAAUGUUUAUGGGUUAAUUGUUUACUAUUUUGUCAAUUCUGAGGUUAGGUCAAAAAUUUAUGGUUUGAUAUUGUGUUAUUGUGAUUGUGAAACUGUGAACAAUGAUGCGUUCGAUAUUGGAAGGAUAUCUGAAAGAAACAUUUAUCCUGAAUCUUGUUGUACUCAUAUAAUGAUGAAUUAAAAAAAAUUAAAUAAUGGGGGACUCCGUACUUACUGUGAAUCUUGUUUUAGACCCCAAAAUUAUUACAGUUCCUUAUAAUGGGUCUACUACUUGUGAGGAUGUUUGCAUUUAUGUUUGUAAACAGCUUAAUAUUGGUACCCUAACGCGACAUCUCUUUGCACUGCGAAUUACUGGUAAAAAUGUUUUUCUCACACCAGCUGCUAAAUUUAAGGAAAAACCUUCGGCUUUGGAUCUGAGAAUAAGAUUCAAAGUACCUAAUAUUACUAAAUUGAAAAAACUUGAUUUGAAUACUUAUAAUUAUUACUUUCAUCAAGCUCGUAAUGAUGUAUUGGAAAAUAAGAUUCCAGAUAUUGUCUAUGAAAAAUAUAGAAGGGAACUGAUUGGUUUGGGAAUUACUGAUAUGUAUAGAGUCAUGCUGGAGAAAGAUAUUCCCAGAGAAAGUGUAGAAAAUGAUUAUAAGAAGUACAUUCCGAAGGAAGUUUUGAAACGGCAUGCUUUUUUUAUCAAAAAGCCCAUUCAUGACACCUUGGGUAAGCUCCAGAAAUCUGUGCAUGAUGCCUCAUAUGUUAAAGCAGAAUAUAUAAGGCAGCUAGAAAUUAUUGCUCCCGAAUAUUUAUCUGAAUCAUUUAAAGCUGUAAUUGAUCAGGAUGGUUCUAUUUGCAAUAUAAUUAUAAAUGUUACUCCAUGCCAAAAUGCUGAACCAGAAGUGAGAUACUGCCUGGAAUCUAAAAAAGAUCAAUGGUUUUUGAUAUGUUCCAUAGAAGACCUUGGAUUCAUAUCGAUAAGAAAUGACGGAACAAUAGAAAUAAGUCGUAAAAAUGGAAUACCUUUCUACUUGAAAUUCAAUUCAUAUAUUGUUAUGCUUUCUUUCAUCAGCCUUUUGGAUGGAUAUUAUAGAAUGACAUGUAAAUGGACUUUUAAUAUUUGUAAAGAGGUAUACACACCAUCUUUACAAAAACUCCAUAGUAUGAAAUGCCAUGGUCCUGUGGGGGGUGAAUUUUCUUAUGCAAAACUUGAAUCUAAAAGGGCUAAUAGAUCAGGGUGCUUUAUAUUAAGGGAAAGUGAAUCCCGAUACAAUGAUUACUACAUUGAUGUUUGUAUGAAAGAUGGUUUCAAACCAAAAACAUUUAAAUUGGAGAAGAUAACUGGUGAUGAGUUUAUUUUCAAUGAUGAUGUUACUAGAUAUAAGAGCAUAAAACAGCUCAUGAUGGCUUAUCAUGAUCCGAACGGACCAAUUUACCUUCAUGAAUGUUUGCCUCCUUCCGAAUAUGAUAUUUCUCCUCUACUUCUUUGUAGAAAUGAAAAUCUUGUUGGGGAUUCAUUGACUGACAGUUCAGCAUUGAAUGUGCUCAUUCCUACUUCUCCAGUAUGUAUAGAUUGUAGGAAUUUACAAGUUUAUAAGGGUCAGAAGCGAGAAGGAAGUAGAGGAAUUACAACUGUUUUUCGAAGCAUGUGGAAAGUGACAAAGGGAAAGAAAAUCGAGGUGGCAAUGAAAAUGCUGAAGCAGGAAUACUCAGAUAGAUACUUGAAGGAUUUUUUAACUCUUGCUGGACAAUGGGCUUUCUUGGAAUCUAGUGCAAUAGUGAGAUUAUUCGGAAUAGCUUUCACUAGUAAUAUAUCUCUAGUGCUUGAGUAUUUUCGUUUAGGACCUCUUGAUGACUACUUAAGAAAGAAUAAGGGUAUUUUGAAGCCUGUUGAUUUGAUAGAAGCCACAUGCAAUUUGGCUUCCGCAUUGUGGCAUUUGACUGAAAAAGAAAUUGUUCAUGGAAAUAUUAGAUGCCGAAAGGUGAUGGUGAAUUCACAUGAUGAAAAUUCAUUCACAGUGAAAUUAACAGAUCCAGGUAUUCAUGUAGAAUAUGCCUCGUCUGAAGUUCAUUGGAUACCAAUUGAAUGUUACUCAAAUCUGGAUUAUGCUAAACGUUCAAGUGAGGCCGAUGUAUGGUCAUUUGCAACCACUCUUUGGGAAAUAUUCAUGUAUGGUGAAGAAAUCAAGCCUACUGAUUUUUCUGACCAUGUUCAAGCCAUGAGGUGGUAUGUCAGUGGAAAAAGAUUGCCACAACCCCGCAGUUGCUCAAAUGAAAUUUAUAGUCUAAUGAAGGAAUGCUGGGAUAUUGACCCUCACAAAAGAAAAAAACCUCAAGCAAUUAUGCGAGAUGUCAACCAAAUUUUAUAUGAAAUUUACAACUCAAGACGCAUUCAUUCGUAUGCCAAAGUUUUCACCAAGUCCAUUGAUACUCAAAACAUUGCUAGCACCUCAGCAAAUAGUUCAUGUUCUAAUAUUACAGAAUCUACUACUGCUGCCUAUUCGGAUGAUCUGGUAGAAGCUAGAGAUGUAGACAACGAAUUUUCUGAUGAAUCAAGUAUUUCUUUGAUAAGAUCUCAAAACUGGUUGAUGGAUUCCCAGGAGCUUGAGGACUCAAAUGCCUAUGAUUGGUCAAAUCUAAUGUCAAAUUUCAAUAUUUCUACUGCUACCACCUCUCUUGACAGUUUGAACUCAAUGCAGAGUGUUUUUGAGCUAGAUGGAAAUUACAAUGUUGUAUUACAAGGGAGAAUAGGACAGGGAUUUUAUGGAGAAGUUUUUAAAGGAACAUUAGAAUGUGUAGAUGGUGAUUCUGAGGAUCUCCGAAAAGUAGCUGUGAAGAAAUUGAAAUCUUCUGCACUUUCUUCCUGUUUGCAAGAUUUUGAACGAGAAAUUAACAUUAUGAAGUCUCUGAAGCACCCGAACAUAGUGGAGAUACUGGGUGUUUUGAGAGAGCCAGAAAUAUCACUUGUGAUGGAAUUCGUUCACCAUGGAUCUCUGCAGAGUUAUUUAAAAAUAUACAGGGAGUUAUUGCAGGAGGCACAACUUUUAAAAUAUGCUCUUGAUAUUGCAAAGGGUAUGGAUUAUUUAGGAAAGAAAAAUAUUGUUCACAGAGACCUGGCUUCCCGUAAUAUUCUUGUUGUUGAUGAAAACCACGUGAAAAUUUCUGACUUUGGAUUGGCACAAGUUAUGGGCACUAAUGACUAUUAUAUUUUGAAAACCCCUAAUAGGGAAUUGCCUAUCAAAUGGUAUGCUCCUGAGAGCUUGAGAGAUGGCAAAUUCUCGGUGCGUUCAGAUGUGUGGUCAUAUGGAGUGACGAUGUGCGAAAUGUUCAAUUAUGGAGAAGAACCAAAUUUGACUUACAUCGAUGAAAAGAUGGAAGGUCAACAGCAACAAAUUCUUUUGACGGCAUUGGAACGAGGUGCAAGGUUUCCUUGUCCACCUAACUGUCCAAAGGCUGUUUAUAUCCGCAUAAUUUACCCGUGCUGGCAAGCGGAUCCACAUGAAAGGCCCCUUUUUUCUAAGUUGACAUUGGAAAUCGAGGAUUUACUCAUUCAAUAUUGAAGUGUUCUGCCAAUGUCUUCAUGAUCAGGAGCACCUUAACCAGUAUAAGUAAUUGAGAUAUCAACUAUUCACCCGACCAAUUUAUUGUUACGGUUGGGAACUGUGCCUGUAAUUUUAACAUUGUAUAUAUUUUUAGAAAAUUUAUUGAGACAAAGGCGAGAUUGGAAAAUAUUUUCGUUUUGCAAAAUUAAUUUGCUCUAUCUUAAAGAAGAUAUUUUUAUUAUAUAUACCUACUCACUUUAUGAGUAUGGAAUGUGUUUCAAAUAUAGUAGGUGUAAGUGUAACAUUUAUAAAAAAUAAAUUGCUAAAAAUAAAGGUAUUUUGAAGUAACCUAAACACUAAAAAAAUUAUGGCAUAUAAUAUCCUGAGAAAUACUCAUUUACUGUCAGUAAUAAAUAUAUCUGAAGAUGUAACUAAAGUAAACAGGAAAUGUGUUCUCUUUUCAAGAAUAUAAUUGUUAAGCUGUUGCUAUUGUUCUAUGCUUCAUUUAUUGUUGGAUGUAUUUAUCACCUUCAACUAUGGCUCUUACAGAGUUCUUUGUUUUAUUGUGUGUAAUAGUUCUAAGAACAAAAAAUACAACAAACAGAUGUAAAGAUUUCUUGAUUCAUAGUCAAUGUUGCAAUGAAGAUAUUUUGCAUUUGUUUUCGUCUCCAACUUUAUACUAAUUAUGUAUGUUGGAAUAAUUGUAAAAAAUGAUGAAUUUAUAUAUCCAUACAUAUUAUCUAAGAAUAUGAAGGGAUAAAUAGCAGUUACUAACUAAUAAGGCAAAAUUACUUAUCAAAUAUAAACUAAAUACAGAAAUGUUUUCGAGAUUGAAACCCUCACAUUGUGUCAUUUCAUGAGCUGGUUUACUGGAUACAUUGGUUAUUGAUAAUAUACAAUUUAUAUCUUUAAUGUGGACAAAUUAUUAAUGUAUAAUAGAAACGGCGUUUACCGUUGACUUAUGAACAUGAAUCAUUUCAUAUUUUGAAACAAAAUCUGUCGUAUCUGUCUAAAAGCAAUCAGCUCAAAAAUCGUUGAAAUCCUUAGUGUUUCUAGAUACUUUAGCGUUGAUAUGAGCCAAGUUCUAAGAUUUUUUUUUAUUCUUAUUGCAAUCCUUCCAAUCCAAUUUGGAUUCAAUGAUUCUCCUUAAUGAACGGAGUAAUUCCAUGAGAAAGUUUAUGUGUACAAUUUACUAGUGUUUUGUGCAAAAUGGUAAAUUAAUUUAAAUAUCAUUUCAGUCUGGCACUACAAUUUUGAAUGUAUACAUUUUGAGGUUAGGAGAAUAACUAUUCUGUUUACCCACUGUGGGCGAAUUUGAAAUGUUUGUCAAAAAAUAAAUUCAUGAAAGUCGAGGUUUAUAAUCAACAAGUUUAUAUAUUACGAAGUGGGCUUAUGAAUUGUGUAUUGAUUAUGAAUCGGAUAAGCACUUCCAUUGGAACUAACGUUGACCGUUUUUAUGCACUGGAUUAACCAACCUCGAUAAAAAUCAAUGAAAUAUGCUAACACGAAAACCUCAUGUAUUUCUCAAUUGAAAACAUGAUUUCUGUCAACUGAAUUCUAGUGUCAUUGUAAAAUCCUAUACUAGUAUUUAAAAUAACCUAAUUAUUAUAUUCUCUAAGUUGGAUAUAUAAAUUCACAAUAACAAAAAAUAAUUGUAAUUAAGGUCUCAGACACAUGAUAUCUCCUAGUAAAAAAAAAAGAAAAUAUAACAGGUUUUAUACAUACUACAUUGUGAAAUGAAUUGUAGAUAAAAAUGAAUAUCUAAUAAAUUCAGAGAAAACAAAAAUAA